UUCAUAUAGGAGGUUAUAAGUAGAGGAGCUGACCUUAGGUGUCGCAGCAACCUGGUCCAGUCCCAUCUGUCAGACCUCUGAUAUUUUGUACUCAUCGACCGCCCUCCUUCUUGCCUCCUGCCUUAUCGCCUCCCUUUCCUCUGCGGAGCCAUGCAUCCACAGCGUCCUCUUCCGCAAGCCAUGCCCUCCUCCUCCCUGGGACAGCAGCUCCGGGACAUGGCCAUGGGUCUGGGACGGGGCAAGAACUUCCUGGGAGGAAACUUUGCCUUCAGUUUCAUCCAGUCGGUGAAGGAGUGCCUCUAUUUCCUUCUCUGCUGCUGGUGCAUCAAAGAGAUCCUGGACUGACCGACUGCGAGGGACUAGAUAAAGUGGGGACACAGUGAUUUUUCCCUGUGUCUCCAUUGGCUCCUGUCAAUUUCAACCAUCUUUAAUUUCAUCAAAAAUGGAGUGUUUGAUCAGCAAAGCAUUGGGUCUAUAAACGAUGCUCCUGUUGGGUUUUCAGGAAACACACUUGCACGUUUUCAGAUGUUCACUGUGGGGUUGGUUAUAGUUUCUAGAAGUUCCCUGAAUGAUCUUAGAUCUGGACGACCGGCUGACACGGCUGAAGUUCACUGUACAAGACAAACUGCUGUGGACGUGAAUAAAGGAACGAAUAAAUAG